AUGGCAGUCUGCUACGACACAAACAGCAACGAGGAUACGACACAGUUCCCCUGCUCUGCCGAUGGCUCACCCGCACAAUGCUGCAAGAUUGGCCAGCUCUGUGCCUCGGACGGCCUGUGCGUGAACAACGGGACAGAAGGUCUGACAAAAUACACCAUCCACGGCUGCUCGGUGCAGGACUGGACCGAUGGACAGGUCGACACUUGCCCCCACCAGUGUAUUGAGACCGGCGGAGUCGGUGUGACAGACUGCGGCGUAGGGACCUUUUGUUGCUACGGCUUCGGCGGCUGCGACUGCAACAACUCGACGCAGACAUUCAACCUCGACCCCAUUCGCAUCGUCGCCACAAUCUCCGGUGAGACAUCGACAAGCACACCAACCCCAACCUCUUCCUCAACAACCUCCUCCUCUCCCACCGCAGACGCCAACGCCUCCUCCUCUUCAAGCAGCUCAAGCUCAAGCAACGCCCUUCCAAUUGGCCUCGGUGUAGGUCUAGGAGUCGGUAUUCCCCUCUUGAUAGCCGCCAUUGUCGCCGUCUUCUUCUGUCUCCGGAAGCGCCGCAAUACCCCAGUUCCCGAGAAGGAUAUCGGCAUGGCCGGGUACCAGGCUCCGCCAGGGUAUGGAGCCCCGAGCGCGCAGAAUGGUGGUGAGGCCGGGUGGUAUCAGCAAGGUGUUGCAUCACCGCCGGUGCCGAUGGAGGGUGCGAAGACGGUUUCUGAGCCCGGGACUGGUGGGUACUUUGGGGCGCAGCAGCAGGCGCAGGGGAUGCCGCAUGAGUUACCAAGUCGUCAGGAACCCCAGGAGUUGCCGGGUCGGCAGGACCCACAUGAGCUGCAAUGAUAUUUGACCAUGACCAUGUGGUGGUUUCUGACUGGGUAUCGAUGUUGAUAGGUGGAGGGUGGUAGUUGUGGGAGGAGUAUUGUGGCGUUGGUUCGGAUUCAAUUUGCUUUCUAAUAGAGAUACCAGAGCAAGUUCAUUUGUCUAAUAAUAUUUCACUACAUGUCUCUCAGGAUCAUAUCAGGAAC